ACUGAGCAUCUGCUCUCUGUCGUGGGAGUAGUUGUUUUCACAGGAGCAAUGACAGAAACCGUAGAAGGACUUCUUGGAAAAACUGCUGGCUGUCCGUGAAAUGUUGGUUUCCAGCCACAACCUUACAGUUGUGUAAAUGGGAAAACAGAAGAGGAGCUGCUCUACAUUUCUCAGGUUUUCACCUCGCAGACAAAUCGGCGCGUGCAGAGCAGCGAGUGGCAACUAAGAAGGAACUUCGGCCUGUCACUGCAACAUCUGCCUCUUUCCUUCAGCUGAGAAAGAUACUAGAAAGUUCACUAGCGACCUCCAAGUUCACAGCAGUAAGGGUUGGAAGCUGCUGUACUUAGCAGACUUGGCCUGCUAAUUGAUUUCACAGUAGGUGAUGCACUACCUGAAGAAAUCUGGCAUUGGAGACAGGUUGCUAUGGUGAACAGCAGAAUGGAGGUGCCCACGGCGGCAGUGAUGGGCAGCGGUGGUGGGACAGCGGGUAGGUCGUGCGCAGGAUGUGGAGGUCGAAUCGCAGACCGCUUCCUGCUGUUCUCCAUGGAACGGUACUGGCACACGCGUUGCCUCAAGUGCUCCUGUUGCCAUGCUCAGUUGGGCGAGUACAGCACCACCUGCUACAGCAAAGGAGGCAUGAUCCUCUGUAAGAAUGACUACAUCAGGCUCUUUGGACACAGUGGUGCCUGCAGUGCUUGUGGACAGUCUAUACCUGCCAGUGAGAUGGUGAUGCGAGCACAAGGCAACGUUUAUCACCUUAAAUGUUUCACCUGUGCGACCUGUAGGAACCGCCUGGUCCCAGGUGACCGCUUUCACUACAUCAAUGGGGCUAUCUUCUGUGAACAUGAUCGGCCAGGAGGAGGACUGCUCACCGGACACCAAACUCCAUUGCAGGCCAAUAGUAUGAUGCCUGAUCAGAAGGUGUGCUGAGGGAAAGGAUGGGAAACUAACUGUGUGCCUUCUCCCCUCACUUUCUUCACACUGUCUCUUCUUCACACUUCUGCUCUUCCUACGAGUCGUGCCAUUGGUUGACCUCCCUCCAUGCUGAUGGACUUCUACAGUGGAUAUAUACACUCCUGCUACCGGUUUCAAUUUCUGAGAAGACUAUGAGGAAUCCUACCUGAACAAGUUCUGUGUUUUGUUAGAGGGUUGAGGAUCCUGAGGAUGACUGGAAUUUAUUGAUGUGGUAGACUAUUGUCUAUUGUAAACUAUGGCAGUAUUACUGAAAAGGACUAGCAUGGCUGACAGGGGAGAAAUGGAAGGCUUGUCAUGGAAUUAUCCCAUUUCAGUGUUUCAGAAAGAAACUGAAUCACCUUUCUCCAUGUACUCUUGACCAUUUUUGGUAGGAGUACAAAACUCCUGAAUGUCCUGAGUUGUGAUUCUAGACAUCUGAACACAAACAAAUCUACAUAUUGAUAUUGAAAAGGUGAUUUUGCUGUAAUUCUUUGCGAAAUAUUCAAACUCUCCAGAUUGUUUUGGGCUUUUUACUACAGUGGGUUGGGGGAUGUGAUAGUCACCUUCUGCUACCAACGCUUCUUUUGUCAGACUACAGUACAUACAGUAAUAAAGGACGAUACAAGUGUUUUUUCCCCCCGUUUAAAUCCAUUAACCAUAUAUUGUUUAUACUGUAAAUUCUCAAAUUGCAGCUGAGGCCUUUAUUUACCUCAAUGAUAGAGAGAGCAGGCCUUAAUUUGUGGUUUCCUCAGCUAAUGCAAACACAGCACCUCCUCCAUGUUAACUUUUGAUGGUGAUGGUAGUUUAGCCUUAAUCAGAAUUACAAUAAAAAAGAAAGAAAGAAAUUGCUGGGAUUAACUAGAGAAUGAAAUGAUGAUGAUUUUAUUUUUGUGAAUGAGAAACACAGAGGACUCAGUGGUGAGUAUGACAUGACUCUGUUGUUCUACUGAUGGAAUUAGGGCUUGUAGAAAUGUCCAUUUGGCUGAAUUUAUCAUGUGAGCCAUUGGUGUAGGCAACAGUUCUGCCCUCCCACAGUUUUUCAUUCAGCCUUUAUUUGUUUGUGGAGGCCGCUACUAUUUGAGACUUGGCUAUUGACCUUUAUACCAGAAUUUAUACUUGUUGGCCCUUAACAACAGAAGUUCCCAAAUCCCACCGUGUCUCCAGUUAUACAUUUUCAUUGGCGUCUUCAUCAUCUGUUUGUAUUUAUCCUGUUUCACGCCAUUCAGAUGAUAGAACGUCAUCAACAAGCCCACUAGCUUGGUGUGAAUACUCUGGUUUAAGCUGCUGUAUUCACAUAUUCACACAUGGGCUCACUCAGGCGUUACCCAAACUAUGUGCUGCAUGGGUAAAGUCCACUCAAUGUCCAGCUCAACAUUUGCAUUCACAUAUGCAGCUCUUCCAGCUAAUGUCUAGUUGCAGUACAUUUCUGAAAAGUUCUUAAGGGAUAUUGUUGGUCAUUUUCUAUGUUAACAGUAUUUUAAACACUCCCCAUAUAGAGA